CCACAUCCUCUGCCUUCCACUCAUCGCCUAUCUUAUUAUCUCUUCUCGCUACAACUACACUUCCUCUUCACACACCUCACCUCACCUGCACUGCACCCUGCGCACGCAGCUACCUGAUCAGUGAGCAGCGCAGCCACCAUGGCCGCCGUCACCGCUGCGGCCGUCUCCAUCCCCUCGUCGUCGUCCUCCACCGCCGCCGCUUCCUGCCCUGCCCACUGCUUCCUGCCCUGCACCCAGCCGAGGAACAGAGCCCCCCACCACCGUGGGCUGCUGCUGCGCGCGCAGGUCUCGACCACCGACGCCGUCGCCGCGCCGGCCAAGAAGGAGAAGAUCUCCAAGAAGCAGGACGAGGGGGUGGUCACCAACAAGUACAGGCCCAAGGAGCCCUACGUCGGCAAGUGCCUCCUCAACACCAAGAUCACCGCCGACGACGCGCCCGGCGAGACAUGGCACAUGGUCUUCAGCACCGAGGGCGAGAUCCCCUACAGAGAGGGCCAGUCCAUCGGCGUCAUCGCCGACGGCCUCGACAAGAACGGCAAGCCACACAAGCUCAGGCUCUACUCCAUCGCCAGCAGCGCUCUCGGCGACUUCGGCGACUCCAAGACCGUUUCGCUGUGCGUCAAGAGGCUCGUUUACACCAACGAUCAGGGAGAGAUUGUCAAAGGAGUCUGCUCCAACUUCCUCUGUGACUUGAAGCCUGGUUCUGAUGUCAAGAUAACAGGACCAGUAGGCAAGGAAAUGCUCAUGCCCAAAGACCCCAAUGCUACCAUUAUAAUGCUUGCGACCGGUACUGGUAUUGCCCCAUUCCGUUCAUUCUUGUGGAAAAUGUUCUUUGAGAAGCAUGAUGACUACAAGUUCAAUGGUCUAGCUUGGCUCUUCUUGGGAGUCCCAACUAGCAGCUCUUUGCUCUACAAGGAGGAGUUCGACAAGAUGAAGACGAAAGAGCCAGAGAACUUCCGGGUGGAUUACGCUGUCAGCAGAGAGCAGACAAAUGCUCAAGGAGAGAAGAUGUACAUUCAGACAAGGAUGGCAGAGUACAAGGAGGAGCUGUGGGAGCUUCUGAAGAAGGACAACACCUAUGUCUACAUGUGUGGACUGAAAGGCAUGGAAAAGGGUAUCGAUGACAUUAUGGUGUCAUUGGCUGCGAAAGAUGGAAUCGACUGGCUUGAAUACAAGAAGCAACUGAAGAAGGGCGAGCAAUGGAACGUCGAAGUCUACUAAUUCUUCCAUUUUCCCUCACAUCUGCUUUUGUUCCUGUGUAUGUGUGUGCACAUAUGUGCGUGUGAUCACUCUACGUAUAUAGUGUUAGAUAGGCGUAUAUACACUGUUUGUCAUGUUGGCUUAUUUCAAGUUUCACAAAAGAAUUGGAUUACUA